AGAGUAUAGGAUUUAACAUAGGUCCGAGCACUGACAGUGAGAUCAACUGCCAUGCGGUUUCUAAUCGCCGGAUCGCCGAUCCGAGCCCGCGGGGUGAAAUUGCCAUCGAUAGCCGGGCUGCGGGGACGGGCUUUUAUUAUAAAUCCAAAAUUGCCAACUUCCACAUCGCAACCACAUCACAUUCAAACAACCUUGUGACGAUACCAGAGGUUCAUAAUGUCCGACAAGUCUAAUCUUCUUAUGUUCGGUGCUACUGGCACCAUUGGCAAGUACAUUAUCGAAGCUAUCGUCAACGCCCGAGAUUCCUUCGGUCGCAUCGCCAUCUUCACUAGCCCCCACACCGUCAGUAGCAAGCCCGACGAGCUCAAUGCUCUGCGUCAGAAGGGAGUCGACAUCCUGAUUGGUGAUGUUGGCAAUCGCGAGGAUGUGCUCAAGGCAUAUGCAGGCGUGGACACCGUCAUCUCCGCACUCGGUCGCGGCGCCAUUGCAGCCCAGAUCCCUCUGAUUCAACUGGCCAACGAAACUCCCAAUAUCAAGCGCUUCUUGCCUUCUGAAUAUGGCACGGAUAUUGAAUACAGCCCUGCCUCACAGCACGAGAAGCCGCACCAACAGAAACUGAAGGUCCGCGCAGCUCUCAGAGAGGUCCGUAGUACCCUAGAGUAUGCCUACGUGGUGACAGGGCCCUACGCGGAUUUUCCCUUUUAUCUUGGUCGAUCCCGCAAUACCAAGGCGGGCACUUUCGAUGUAUUGGCCAAGAAAGCAGUCCUUGUGGGGGAUGAGCAUGGUAAAAUCAGUCUCACGGCCUGUUCAGAUGUUGGUAAGUUUGUCGUGCACGCCCUCACACAUUGGGAUGCCGCUCGCAACCGCGCACUCAAGGUCAACUCGUUCACUACCACGCCGGCCGAUGUCUUGGCCGAGUUUGAACGCCAGACUGGUGUUAAGUGGACCGUUGAGUAUACCCCACUGGAUGAGCUGCGGGCAUUAGAGAAGGAGGCGUGGGAGAAGGAGGACCCUGUGGCUACGGUCUACACGCUCCGGCGCAUCUGGUCGGAGGGAGGUACCCUGUACGAUCGCCGGGAUAACGAAGAUAUUGGCGUGAGGGAAACGAAGGGCCUUCAGGAAUUGGUGACCGACUCGAUUCGAGCACAGAUCGAGGGGGUCCCACCCAAGCCUAGUCCUGUGUCAGAUAGUCCUUGAUCAUUCCUGUGCCUUCUGCUAAACCGCAGAGAAAAUGUUUAGGCGAAUAGCUCGUGGGCGGUAAAUGUAAUACCCCUACCCAUGAUACCGGCUAGCGAACCCGGCAGCAGGGCUGUAACUCUGUCGAGGUCACCGAGUCUCUGCUUGGA